GCGCACAGCGCCUCCACAGUGCGCUCUGCGGAUCUCGACACACACACGCUCUCACACACGCGCUACAGCAUGGAGCUGAAAGCUGUUCUAGUGGCAACGCUCAUCGCGGUGGCCAUCUACGGGACGAUUUCGCACGCCAAGCCCAUCAGUCUGGUAGAGAGGUGCUGGUGCCGCUCUACAGUCAACACAGUGCCACAGAGGAACAUUCGUGAGCUAAAGUUCGUCCACACACCCAACUGCCCCUUCCAAGUCAUCGCUAAACUGAAGAACAACAAAGAAGUGUGCAUCAACCCUGAGACGAAAUGGCUGCAGCAGUACCUAAAGAACGCCCUUGAAAAAAUGAAGAAGGCCAAACAACAAAUCAACUAAGGAGCCAGCUGGAUGGCAAGCCAGUUUGUCAGCCCACCACCACAGAUAUGUACCAUAUACUCCUCUGGCAUGCUUGCUGACCCAGCACUUAACCUGCCAAACUUGCUUCCUUGUCCAUGAAUCGGCACACCAGUCCGUCCCCAUCGUCUCUGCCACUGCUAUAGGCACCUCCUGUGUUAGCGCAAUGUGCAAUUAUAUAUGUAUGAGUGUGGUUUUUAUACGUAUGAUAUGUAUAUAUAAUGUUUUAUAUCAAUUUUAAACAGUAAAGAGAUAUUUUUGGAGUCGUGUUUGCUCCUUGCCUGUCUGUUACAGUGAGUUAGGUAGCACUGAAUGAAGUAUUUGGUGAUUUGGGAGCAAACUCAUAAGGUUUUUCACAUUACAUCCUAGAACAGGAAGGGAAAUCUGUGAACGAUGUCCAUUGGUGCAGAUCUGAGCCCAAAUAACAGCAUAUCUGUUAGGAGGACAAGUGUGAAGGCAAUUGGUUUUCUCCCCACCCCAUUUCAUAAUCAUAUUUAAAUAAUCCAUAUCUUAAAAUUUUGUAACACUGCAUAUUGCAUGUGAAAGUAAUAUUAUAUGUAUUCGGUAAGAGAAAAGUUUCUCGUGUUUUUGUUCUCUGAUCAACAGGGUGUAAUUUUUAAACAAACGUAAACCUAGAGACCUUGGACCUUACAUGACCCUAACUACUCCGAAUUCCUUCAGAGUGUGUAAUUGGGUUUACUGGAAGUAGGCUGCGAGGGAAAAGAGAAGGGAAUGUUUUUUUUUUAUUUCUAUCAUUCUGUAAGCAAAGAAACAUCUGGAUCUGUAAAACUGCUAAUUGAGCAGCCGGUGUGUGCAGAGCAAUUGUGAUGGGGAAUCACAGCACAUGAAACGUUAAAUAAAACCUACAACAGAUUUGCCCACAUGGUACCAAGCACAGCUAAUUUAAGUUAGUUUACAAUAAGUUUACAAAAUACAGUAAACAUAAAACAACAGAACAAAGAAAUGAAAAAAGCCAACUAACUAAUUAUCUUAAUAUUGAUAUCAUUAGCGGUAAAAACGAAUAACACAUAGACCUACUAUUAAGAGUAGUUUGAAAGGUAGAAAUUUACAAUUAUUGGAUUAAAAUCUGUACUACCUGUCAUUAGUAGCAGAACAAUGCACUUUAUUUAUUGCGUUCUGUUGUAGAAAGAGAACUAACCCAGCAGAGCUGAGGAGCGGCAUCCACAAAUUUGGUGAAUGGCCUUAGUUCACUUUUCCAUGGCCAGAAAGAGAAAUACAUUUAACAUUAAAAGAGAGGUUAUUUUAAGAAUCUAAUAAAUAUGCAACCACCAUGAGCAUCCCCUUCCGUGUAAUGCAUUGGCAUGUGAUAUUUUCAGCGAAUGGGCGGCACUGGUCAAAAGGGGCACUUAAACACAACAACUUUUACAUGGGCAUUCAAAAAAAAGAAAAAAUGUCUCUUGGUCUGGCACAACAGUCUCUUGUUUACAGCAAUUCUUGGCCAUAAACAAAACAUGUCGUGACCUCCAAAACCAGCAUACAUUCCUGACUACCAGAGCUAAACACUUCUCAAGAAAAUUGGUGCAUGGAAUUUGUCUGUAACACCGCUGCCAAUUUUAUCCUAUCAACUGAUUUAAUGUGGUGCUAUUAAAACAGCCAGUCCUCUUUUACACAAGCCGCCUGCAGGCACACAGGCCAGGAAAACAUAAUGCCCACUCAGGAUUACAGAGGAAGGGGGUGCACACAUUAUUCUGGGGGUUAUGCCUCUGGUGACACUGAAUUUCAUACAGUCAUGUGAAAAACUGCAAGAAUCUAACUACUUCGAAAUGCAGCAAGGAAAUCCUGAUGAAAUGUGUGCAACCCAUUAACUCUCAACUCAUGAACCUCUGCCUCUCUCACACUGGCUACUUUUGCUAGAGGAGCUGAUUAAGAAUGUUAGAGAAAGCUGUUUAAAUGUAUGUGUGGCUUUGAAGUUAGAGAACAAGUUUAUGCCUUAAGAGCCAUUGAGUUUGGUAUUUGACCAUUAAUUCUACUAGUGGGCAUUAACAAUAACAAUAGACUCAAUGAACUCUUUCAUUGUAAGUUCUGCAGUGAUGCCUAAAUUUAGAUCAUGUUCACUGUGGAAUUGAGUGGAGUCAAAUUUAUGCAGCAUGGGUACAGAAAGUAGGCAGUUAAUCCUGCCUCGUCACAUCACUGUGAAUAUUCCACCUGCUAGACAAACAUGACUGAUUUGUAAUUAAAACCCACUUUCACUUCCCAACAGUUUCAUGGGGAGUUUCUAAGACGUAUCAAAAUCUUAAGAUUAUUUGAGCUGUCAGAGACUAAAUUUAAAUCAUAGAAGGUAUUCAGAUUAUACUCUACCACAUUCCUUUGUUCAUGUUGCAAGGUGUAAACAUGCAUUUUUUUCAAAGCAGAUCCAAAUUACAAUGUUAGAAUAUGCCAGUAUGCAUCAGCUUAAGGGGUCAUUCAUCUAUUUGUCUGUGAAAUCAAAUUUGUACCCCUGCCUCGAAAGGUUUGUGUUCAAUGACAAUACUGGCUUUCAUAAGAUGUUAGCCACAGUAGCAGUGUUUGAACUAAGCCUUUAACUGCCAUUUGUAAUGUAUAUAUUUUCCCCAUAACUCCCAAACAAUGUGAAGACCAUUUCUAUGUAGAUGGCAGCUUACUCCAUUAUAUAUGUUGUAUUUACUUUUUUUAUGAGUUUGUACUUAUAGUUUGAUUUCAUUCAUAUUUUGAAAUAAAUCAACAUUUAUGAA